AUGGCAGAAUUUAGCAAAACUGGAGACGGUGCUGCUGUCGCCAAGUUCUACCAUAGUCAAGGAGUUCUCGUGGAGAAAGGCAAGAGGGCUAUAUUUGGAAGGGAAGAGAUCGCUAAAUUGUACGAUGAAUACUGGAAGAAGGUCGGUCCGCAUACAUUUAAGAUGAGCAAUGAGAAGUACCAAGGCACAGAUGACUAUCUGAUAAUCGACAGCGACUUCGAGUCGGUGCCGGAAAAACCAGCUGAUGCUAUCAAAGGCACAUUCACCCAUAUCUGGAAGAAAGAGGAUGGAAAUUGGCUGAUUUAUCAUGAACUUUUCGAGAUGAACUGA